AUGGAAAUCAUCACCUUCUACCUAGUCCGCAAGGUUCUGAAGAAACCCUUCGAUGUUACAGUAAUCGAGGAGGUGGAUCUAAACAAAUGCGAGCCGUGGGAUCUCCGAAAUAAUGUAAAUAUGGGGGAGAAGGACCAAUACUUCUUCUCCAAGAAGGACCUCAAGUACCCCACCGGGGUACGCACCAACCGGGCCACGAACGCUGGAUAUUGGAAGGCCACUGGAAAGGACAAGGAGAUUGUCCACCCGCCGACCAUGAGUCUCAUCGGCAUGAAGAAGACUCUGGUCUUCUAUAAGGGCAGAGCCCCUAGGGGGGAGAAGACAAACUGGAUCAUGCAUGAGUACAGACUCGAGAUGGGAAAGCAACACACACCAGACCUACCCACCGACAUCGUGAGAGCCGCCUCCAUUAAUGCGUCUUCCAAGGAGGAGUAUGUCAUUUGUAGAAUCUUCCAUAAGAGCACUGGACUGAGGAAGGUGGUGAUGCCUUCAUAUUCCAUGCCCAUUCCCAUGUCCAUGGGGGUAGAGCAACAACAGGGCUUCCUCGAAUCUAAUACACUGGCUCCUCUCAUGGACUAUGAUGUGCCAUCGUCAUUAGCCCCACUAUCGUCGUUGCCUGCAGCUUCGUUGUACCAAAUGCAUAACUUCGGGGCCGAGUCGUCUAUAAUGGGUAGUGCGGUGCUUCCAAUGAUGAACAACCAAUACUUUGAGAAUCAUCACCACCAGAUGAUGGUCGCCCUGCCACAGUCAUCAAUGUCAGUCUACAACAACCAGCAGCAGCAGAUGAUGCAUAUGAGUGCAGAGCAGGGCUUCAUGGUCGGGGUUGAUCCUGGGAGCGGUACAUCAUCUAUAGUGUCAGAUGAGGAUGUUCUAACUGGGACGAGCAACAACAUUCAAGGAAAUGGUGUUGCAACAAUCUCUAGUGAGAUCUCGUCGGUCAACAUGGGUAUGGACGGCAUGUGGAACUACUAA